GCCCGUGACACUGUACACGUCACUAACAGGAACUUGGCAUUUCCUGGUUGUACUUAUCGAAACCACUUAUGCUUACAACAAAAUGCUCGUGUGAAGUUGCUGUUUUCUCCAUUGAAACGACGACACGGUUUAAUUGUAGUGUGCUAGUCCGUUUUUACAGUGUAAGGCGACAACGAAAAUGACAUUUCAAGCAGUCAUGAGGAUCCUUUUACCGACGUUGUGGGCUAUUUCAACCUUCGCAGACGAAAGAACGAAGUCGCCAACAACAACAGGCAUUACUGCUGCUGGCAACACCAAGCAUGUCACGAAUUCGAGUGCCAGUAACACGACGUCCAAGAACAAUCAUAGCAGCAUUUUCAACUCCUUCGACGUUGAUAGUUCAAUGAUACAACGGGCCUUGUACGUCCUUAUUGGAGUCACCACCAUUGGCGUGUUCUAUUUCCUCGUGAGAGCUGUGCGGCAGAAGAAAAGAACAACCUCUAAGAAGAAGUAUGGGCUGUUGUCAAACUAUGAUGACAGUGUUGAGAUGGCUGUGCUGGAGAGUGAUGAGGAGGAUGACACUGUAUAUGAGGCCAGGUCCCUGAGAAGAUGAGUCUGGAUCUUUUCAAAUAACACACAUUGGACUGGGGAAAGAAUGGAGACAUUCCUAAGGUGCAUUUUUCAACUGUUAUUAAGGCAUCUUUUUCUCUUGCACCUGAAAAAUGAAAAACUGGCUUUCAAAAUGACUGCUCUAUCCUCCGGUGAACACUUAUUUUGUCUAGCUGCCUGGGUAUGAAAAAGACAUGGUGUUUUUGGUGACCAAAUAAACUUACCUUUUGAUUCUAACUAUGAAGAGGAGGAAAUAGGAUUUGUAACAUAACAGGAGUCUAAUGCCAAAGUUGCUUAAGUGAAUGUGCGUGGGAUAAUUCUUCAAAUCCCCUUGUGCCCACCUUGAACUGUGCAUAACAAACAACGAAAGAUCUCUUCUAAUCAUCAACACGGAUCCUCAAUUUCCCUGUCAAUGUGGUGUUGCCAAGGUUUUGUUUCUUUGUCUCUUGACAAUAUUCUGUUGCCAUGGCAUCCUAUAUAUUUUAUGAUGUCUACCUUGAAUCAUACCUGGACCAUUAGAGUUAGGCUAGUAGCUAAUAGCCUGAUUAGUGAGUGUGCUUACAAACUACUGUAAACUAAGCUACCCUACCAAUAUCCCCAUCUGAUUUUGUACUAUGCACCCACACAUGAAUGUUGUACUGUUGCAUAUACCUGCUCUAUUUGGUAAGCUAGACCUAAUAAGUUUGUAAUAUUUUCAAGAAGUUAGUUGCUGAAAAAGCAAGACUUAAGCCAAAACUUUUGACAAUCUUAGACAGUAUGGAAUGUGUCUGUAAUUAUCGCCCCAUUUUUAUGCAGACUAAUCAAUAUGCAAUUCCACUGGAGAUUGAACGAUCCAUCCCUUCCCCUCUGUUUUGGCUACUUGUAACUCUGUAGAAGAAGCACCUAUAAUAAUUUGUUAGGCCUACUCAUAUCAGUUCAACUGUAAUUUCAGGUUUUGGUUACCAGUAAUUUCCCAAUGCCCAACCCAUUGUUUUCAAAUCCAGCUAACUGUAAAUUAUCUCAUGUGUUCUGAGAACCUUUGCUUCUUUUUAUUUUUCAAAAACAACACAUUUCAGAGCUGG